GCUACAGUUUGCGUCCUCUCUGUUCAGCAGAAGAGGUAGGAGCAAGUCUCGUAGUGAUCAGCCGCCCGAACCGCCGGUUUCACGCCAUCCCUACCCUUCAGGGAAUUCAUCAACUUCAUCCGCAACUUCCCUAAGCGUUCGUACCCCCGAUGACUCGUUGGAUCGUCAAGUUUCUACAAGGAUCGCUUCCAGUUCCUGCCCCGCCAUCUCCCAGGAACGAGCCAGCUCCCUUACUGCAAGUCGAAAGUGAUGAUGGCCUAAGGGCUCCACUUUCUGUCAGUGGAAUAUAUGGGGAACCUAGCUCUGAUGAGAAACUUGUUCCCCCCAUUCGGCCAUUCGUCUAUGACCAUGUUGAUAGCUCUGGGUCUUCGACCAGUUCGUCAAGAUCGUCACGUUCUUCACUCACUUCGCCCACUGCACAACAACAUCUUUAUUCCACUAUAAUAUACAGCAUUCAGGCAUCCGUCGUACCAUCUCCGCAUCCCCUCCUUUAUUCCCCAUCUGAGCCCAUUUUCCCUCGUUCAUGUGUUCCAUUCGAUUCACCCCCACCUGCCCAGCCAACCCUUCGUCAUCAAUUGCUUCGCGCGCGGCUACUCAAGCGCAUCGAAACGUAUGUUCUCACACCUGCGGAAGAGCAUUCUAUCCGGCCUUUCGUCCAACGUCCACCGCGCAGCCUCCGAUCCCAAAUCCCUUUUUCUGAAAAUGAAGCUCGUCACACCGUUGAUAGUGGGGGAUGGAGUAGAGGUCUCAAUCGCUGGAUCCGGCGUGGUGGUUUUGAGGAGAGAAACGUAAUUUGGGUUCCAAAUGACGACCAGACGCGGCUGUACAUGGAGGCCAUAACAGGGGGUCCUAUUGCAGCCCUUGAAUUUUCAGAGGGUUUAGAAGCCCUUGCUGGGCUCCAAGGGGAUUUAUUGCAGUCGCAAACCGCCCUUUGUGACACCGUUCAAGAUUCACAAGAAACGAUACCUCCGCAAGAGGGAAACAUUGAAUCAACUCCGCCUCUUCAGUCUUCAUACCGCAGAUCAUCAUCAACCCCAUCUACUGCAUCCUCUGCACAUACUUCGAACACACCAAACACACCGAUUCUUCCCGUGACCCCUCCUCUCCCAGCUGUGAAGAGAGGUGUGCGUUUUGCUCCUUCCAUCGAUUCUAGUGAUUCCAUAAGCGAGACGAAUGGCCCACUUGUUAUUGUCCAUCCUUCUUCUCCGUCCAACGAGUUGGAAAUUGAGACGCCCCGAGCUGUGCGAGCUCAAAAUCUUUCGCCUAGUGCAGAGGCACGUAAAAUCCGUGAACAAGCACUUCAGCGCCAGCGACUUGAGUAUGAACGGGCGCGUGAGCUUGCUCGUCGUCAGGAGAUGGAGGAGCAAGAUAGGAUCAGGCAGCGUAACAAGGAAGAAGAUGCACGAAAGAAGGCGGCUUUGCAUGAAAAGGUUGUUGCAACUCGUAUUAGAAGGGAGAGUUACAAGCUGGAUGGGGGUUCUUCCUCAACCAGAGCAUUGCUGAGUGAGAAGGGAUUGUUGAAUAAAGAUCCCUUUGCACCGCCUAUCACUCCGAAACACAACCCUAGGCGUUCUUCGACCGACCCUGGUAAAGCUGAUAAGCAUGCCUCGUGGUCCUCGGUCCAUUUGCCUAACUCUUCGAUUGAACCCGCGUCCGCACAUCGGGCGUCUGCACCAAUUUAUUCGUCUCCUCUUCGACCUCAAAGCAGCUCCACCAGCGCGCUUCCAAAUACUUCGCGGAGCAGACGCAUCUCAUCUGUGUCAAAUGGUGUAGAUAAGCGCCCCUUCCUUAACCCGCAUGAACCCUGGAGGUUAUCUCAAGGGAGCACAAGUGGAUAUUCUGAUGAUUACCGUUCGUCUUGGCGUAGUUCGCUAACGCCGUCCCAGAUAAAUGAGCUAGGACAAUCCAUCAGCCACGCCCCACUGACAGGCUCUCGUUCAAAACAUGAUGCAGGCUCUUCUGAGGAUGUACACUCAAUCCGUUCGCUACCCCGUUCCUCGCGCCUCUCAAUAUCCAAUGUAGUGCAACUUAAUGCCGCUUCCGUCCCUCCUGUUCCUCAUUCGUCCUUCCCCCCAACUAGUCCAUAUGGGAUGACUACGAACAUGGGGAUGCCCACUCCAAUGGUCAUCAUGCAGCCAGUUUUCAUGCUCCCCCCGCCAAAUGCAAAUGGCGGCUUUCCUUGGAUGCAAUCUUCUGGAAGUAGAAGUGGAUCGCUUACCUCGAUACCUACUACACCAACACCUGGAGCGCCAGGAACACCUGAUUCGUUUGGAAGCAGUCGUCAGUCGAAUCCGGGACGCAACACGUCCCCAGCAUCGGCGUCAGCAGAACCUUCACCGCCCCAAAGAGGAAGGCGAGAACGUCCUGUUACAACGGCCACUCCAAGCUCAUCGUCCCGGCAUCUCCCCAAGGGCAACGGAUCUCCGCCGAAAGCAGCUCCCACAGCUCAGGUUGCGGCUCAACCGCGCACACGGAAAAAGACCGACAAGGAUCUGCACGCACGCACCUCUUGAUAUUGGCCAUUCCGUUCCUUGGGCUUUAUCACUCCAAACAAGACACAAAAACAAUACUGAAGCAUAGAAACAGAGGUCUGCCUCAGACGCUGAUCCUUUCAUUGCCAAAGACUUUCCACUAUUCAACGACAAUGUUCCAAUGUUCUUUUCCACCCUUUCACUCAUUACCAUCACCCGCUACAACUACUUUCACA